AUGUCCAUCUCCAAGACGGACGACAUGUACUGCUUCACGGCGAAGAAGUGGUCCGUGUCGAAGGGCUGCUACUACUCCAUCGCGCUCGACCAGGACGACGCCAAGCGCGCGAAGGCGAGCUCCAGCAUGCCAGAGUCGUACGUCGGCAAGGUGCGCUCCGACCGCAAGGCGCAGGAGUACACGCUCUACGACGACGGCGCCUCGUUCGACGGCAAGGAGAAGGGCGGCAAGUCGGAGCUGCGGUGCGAGCUGCUGCACGUCAACUUCUCGAACUCGCUGCGCAACCGCAACCCGGGCGCCAUGACGGUGGUGGUGCCCGAGGUGGACAGCGAGGGCGGGAUGGUGCCGGCGCGGCCAAAGGAUGCAGCGGGGCAGCUGAACGAGCGGCUCAAGCGCGGCGACCUCGGCGGGCUCAUGGAGCUCAAGAACCGCGAGCCGAAGUGGAACCCCACCUCCAACAUGUACCAGCUCGACGUCCACGGCCGCGCGACGCUCGCCUCGUGCAAAAACAUCCAGCUGCACCCAAAGCGCGGUGGAGAGGUGCGUGCGAGGCUGGACCGCCCGGACGGCGAGGCUCGAGCGAGCGCCUGUGUGGAGGUCGAACGGCGCCUGGGAGGGCGGUGGGUCGCGAGAGAGUCGCGCAGCCCCGCGUGUGUGGACCUGUGGCGCUUCGAGCGGCGUAACGGGCCGUCAGAGGCAGAUACGUGGCGCAGCGAGCGGCGCGAGAGGCGGUGUGUCGAGGUGCCGCGGCCCGCGGCUGCAGCGUGUCGAAACGGCGCUCUCGGAGGCGCCGCGGUGGCGGCCGAGCGCGCGGAAUCGGCGAGAAAAUUUGACGGCGUGCCGGCCGUGGGCCCGGACGAAGCUGCGACGGCCCCGUCGGGGACCGACAUCGCGCAGGCCAGUGCCACAGCGAGCGGGCGCCGUGGCAAGCGUGCCACGCCCGGUGGUACCAGCAUCGAGUACCAGCACACCGGAGGCGGACAAGCGUCCCGCUAA